GCGAGAUUCUCGGGCUAGUCCGAGGUCCUAUAGACUCUCCCUCGACGAUGGAUGUUUUUAUUUUUUGGUAAAAGAAAACCCCGCGGCGUUUUCAUGCUCGUUAUCAGCCUUAUACCGAGAAAAAAUUAAUCUCUUAAAACUGCUUAAUUUAUUAUUUAACCGCGUUCGUUUAACCCUCGGUGACAGUUCAAGUUUACGAGUCGUGUUGCAUAGUUUAAAACGCUCGUUUUAAUUUUUGUGACACGACUAGUUUUUAGGUUUUUUUAAAAAAGUUUUUAAGUGACAAUUGUUGUUAAAAUGUACGUGAAAGAUAAGAGUCGUGCUGGGUGUUUCAGUCGAGCCUCAUCAAACUCCAUAGAAACUCUUACAAAAGCCGAGGCUUCAUCCCUAAUCUCCUACAAGAAGCAAAAAUGCAAAAAAUCUACGAAACACGCGUUCCUAUCAUUCGCUCUCAUCGUGUUUACGUCAUUCACGAUAAUCUGGGUCCUAAUUCCCGUUUCAUUCCUGCUGUCCCUCAACUUUCAAACGUUCAUGGUAUUUAUCCCGAUAAAUGCUCCUGCCAACGUCGAUUUUUCCAGACCGCAAGACUUAGGAUUAAGAGGAAUUUACAACCACUACCUGGAGACCCAAGACUACCACGAUAAAACCACUUGGACCAGUAUCGGUUUAUGGCUGGUGCUACACGAGCAGGAUAUCAAUAAAACCACAACCUCAAACGUGGAACAACUAUUAAAUGAAACUGACAAAGACAUACUGAUUUACUUGCACGGAGUGUUGUCUAACAGAGCGAGAGCUACUGAGCAAUACAGAGUGCUCAGAAAGCAUUUCAUAAUUGUCGCAGUGGACCAUAGGGGUUACGGCGAUUCCGGUAAGAACGUACGCAUGUCAGAGCAAGGAAUGGCUUAUGACCAUUUGCAAAUCUACGAAUGGAUCCGUAAAGUAAACACUAAAAAGGAUAUUUACUACUGGGGACACUCUAUGGGGAGUGGCAUCAGUGCAACCACGGUAAACUGGUUGAAAGAACGUCGUAACGAAGUGCCAAAAGGGCUCGUUUUGGAAUCUCCUUUUACAACUUUAAGAGAUGUCGUGAGAAAUACUGUAAUAGGAAAAAUGUUUGCUUGGCUUCCGUACUUCGAAAGUACCAUCUUGCAGCCUUUGAGUGACAACGGACUGCUGUUCGAGACGGAAGUGAAUAUGAGGAGAAUAAAUUGUCCUGUGAUGAUCAUGCAUGCGGAAGACGACCCUGUUAUUCCUUACUUUUUGGGGGAAAGGUUAGCGAAAAACAGUAUCAGGGAAAACUGGCAAGGAAAUGUCACAUUUCAUGGCAUAUCAGCGAAACUGGGUCUGGGCCAUGCCAAUAUUAUACACCAUUCUGAUAUGGAUACGUUUAUUGAGGAUUUCAAAAUAGAAUGUAGGAGCUUUCAGAGGUAGCCAAGAUUAUUUUGAGGUCUACUUUAUCCAUGACAGAAUUAUAUGGUACUUUCUUGUGAUUUAUCUUUAUAUAAAGAAUGACAAAUAAUUGAAAAGAAGACCUAACACUGCCUCAGGAUUAUCUAAAACCUGUAGAAUUCUGAUUUUGUUUGUAUAGUUAUAGAUCAUUUUUUGUUUCCUAGUCACCCACCAGUGCCAUUUGGACAUAGUGUAAUUAUUUAUUAUGUAUGCUUGUUUUAUGAAUAAAUUGUUAAUAGCUUUUUAA